GUGGUUUAAAACGAGCCGCGGGAGUGACGAGGGCAUUGCUGUUGUAAACACACUUGAUUGCAAAUUGAAAACGGAAAGGCAAAAACCAAUUGACCGAAGAUGGCUACGAUGAUUUUUCUUGACAAGGAAAACGGAGAGCUGGGCACAACUGUAGUUCCUAAAAACCGCACAAGGUUGCUGUCUGCUCCAGCCAAUGCAUUUGGGGAGAAGGUUCUUCAGACUCCUCGUCCAGGGAAGGUUUUUAGUAUGGCUAAGCCCACCUCUGCUCGCAAGGCUCUGGGAACCGUCAAUAAGAUCAGCCCUGUUAGACCUGACGUUUCUGGGAACAAACAUAAGUCCAAGGUUGCUGCAAAACCAACAGAAAAGGUUAAAGUUCGCAUGCCAGUUAAAGAGCUUCAAGAAUAUCCAGAAAUUGAGAAAUUCAUCCCAUAUAAUCCAAUUGAAUUUGAAAGCUUUGAUGUUCCGGAAGAUCAAAGAUUAAGCCACCUGUGCUUGGCAGGAUUGGCAGCUCCAACACCAAAGGAAGAGCUGGACAGUUUUAGUGUGUUACACUCUUGUAUGACACGGUCUCCAUUGAAAUCCCAGAAAGAGAAUUUCUGUGCGGAAGUGGACUCCUUCUUGCAAACUGUCAGUCUGCUAACAAUAGAGCUGCCACCACUGGAUCUGGAUUAGUUACUGAGUUUGAUUUUGGUUGUUUUAUGCUUGUUAAAUGGUUUGAUUUUAUAGUAAUGUGUAAAUCCUUUUAAAUAAAGACAUUUUACAAAAUGGCUUUCUGCAAGUGACUGUUCAAUAAGGUUGGUGCUACAUAUACAUGUUAAGUAGUUGUCCUGUGCCCCAAGUGAGCCCAUUCAAGAGAGUGGGGAAUAUACAGCCAGGGUCUACCUUCUAGUAACAAGCAUGACUGGGGUCCUUCAAAAACUUGGUAGAAAAUUGUUUGCUUGACAUUGAUAAACAUAGCACUCUUAAGAUGUUAUGUUGCACAUUUUUCUGAGCUGUUAAGCAAUGUGAAGUUUUAAUUACACAAUUUCUGAAUGUAUUCAUUUUGUGUUCCACACAGGUUUGGCUCAAAGUGGCUUAGUUUA